AUGGCUCCCCAAAGCAUGUCUAGGUUGGCUUCAAUUUAUAGUUUUUGCGUGCUAGGCUUGAUGGUUAUGCCCCAUCAAAUAUAUGGCUCGAGCCGCGGCUCUUUGGCCUUAACCAGUGGCAUAUCAGAUCACCCCCCAGCAGAUGGUAUAUGUGCUACUUUGGUGACAAUACAUGGGUACAAAUGCCAGGAACAUGAAGUGGUAACCGAAGAUGGAUAUAUACUUAGCGUGCAAAGAAUACCAGGAGGUCGUGUCGGCGUCGGUGGCAAUGGUGAUACAAAGAGGCAGCCAGUUCUCAUACAGCAUGGGGUGCUUGUAGAUGGAGUGACAUGGCUGCUGAAUCAACCGGAACAAAAUUUACCCACCAUUUUAGCUGAUCAAGGGUUUGAUGUCUGGAUUUCGAACACCAGAGGCACUAGAUUUAGCAAUCGGCAUCUCUCUCUUCAAGUCAAUCAACAGGGAUAUUGGAAUUGGUCAUGGGAUGAACUGGCGAAAUUCGAUCUUCCAGCAGUCUUUGAUUAUGUGUACAAUGAAACAGGACAGAAGAUACAUUAUGUAGGUCAUUCCCAGGGUACUUUGAUAGCUAUGGCAGCAUUAUCGGAAGGGUUGCUGGUGGAGAAGAUCAAAUCUGCAGCCUUGUUGAGCCCUGUUGCUUACUUGAAUACCGUGACAUCAAUACUUGGUGUUGUUUGUAGAGAAGCCAUUGUAUGUAAGGUUGCUAAUUUAUUUGGUGACUCUGCAUUUGAUCCUAAAGGACAGCUGCUACCAUUUUUUAACAUCGCCAGAACUCUAUGUGAUGCUCCAGGCAUCGACUGCUACGGCUUGUUGGCUCCAUUAACUGGCCCAAACUGCUGCCUCAAUGUCUCUACUUUUCAUCCGUUUAUAAGGAAUGAGCCACAACCUACAUCAAUGAUGAACAUCCGGCACUGUGGUCAGAGCAUUCGCGAGAAGGUCGUGGCGAAAUACGACUACGGAUCUUCUGAAGCUAAUACGGCUCGCUACGGAGAAGCGAAAGCACCUGCUUAUAAUCUCUCUAAUAUCCCCAAAAACUUGCCUCUCUUCCUAAGCUACGGAGCGCUAGAUACACUGUCUGAUGUUCGAGAUGUCAACCUCUUACUUGGCAUUCUCAAGCCCAAUCAUGAUGUCGACAAGCUCACCAUUCAAUACAUCAACAAUUACGCUCAUAUGGACUUUAUUAUGGGAGUAAAUGCCAAGGAUGUUGUGUACAGUCAAGUCUUAUCAUUUUUCAAAAAUCACACUGGUUUUUGAACUGGGCAAUUAUACAACAGCAUAUGUUUACGUUCCUUUUAGUUUUUAGGGGAAAACCAUCCCUAUUUUUUGGGAAAUAAGAGAUGGGCCAUAGCUUUCAAGGCUUGUUGCAGGUUCCGUGGACGUGGGAAUAAGG